GUGCUCUGCGGCAGCCGCUAUGGAGGUCAGCAGGACAGCUGUGCUCCGGGUGAAGCGGAAGCGCAGUGCGGAGCCCGCCGAGGCGCUCGUCCUCGCCUGUAAGCGGCUUCGGGGCGGCACGGUCGAGUCAGCGCCUCAGAGGACGUCCCCUGAGGGUCUCCCGAGAGCAGCAGAGAAUAAUGUCUUUCAGCUGGUGGCCACCGUGCGCUCCCAGGAGGAGCCAGUCCAGCCGCUUGUGCGGGCCGCCCUGUGCCCGUCUAGAGGCAGCCAGCAGCGCAUCCGCAGCGACCUCCGCGCUUCGGCCCGGGAGAUUCGGCAAGAAGGCCGCUACCGGGUGGUCUCCAGCCACCGAUCCUCGGGGAGUCCCCUGGGCUGCUCGGAGUCCGAGGACCCGCCAGAGAACCCAGAAACCGCCAGCAACGCGGGCUUCCAGCUCUUCGACCUAGUCCACGAGGAGGGAGACCCAGAGGCCACUGCCGCAGGUUCCUGCCAAAUGUCUGACCCAGAUGUGAUCCUCUGCAAUUCUACAGAGUUGAUCCGUGAGCGGUUGACCAUCUCUGAGGAGGGACCAGGAGUUGGGCAUCGAGAGGAAGAGAAAGAUGGCGACUAUGUGUAUGACAUUUACUACUUGGAGAUGCCCACUCCAGGGUGGAUUGAAAACAUCCUCUCUGUGCAGCCCUACAGCCAAGAAUGGGAGCUGGUAAAUGAAGACCAACAACCUGAGGAUGUUUAUGAAGAUGAAGAUGAUGAGAACAGUGAGAAUAACUGGCGAAACGAGUACCCAGAGGAGGAGAGCAGUGAUGAAGACGAAGAUUCCAGAGGCUCUGAUGAAGAUGACGGCCUCAGUGAAGAAGAAAGAGGCAGCAGCAGACCCCAGAUGUGGAGCAAAUACCCUUUGGAUGUGCAGAAGGAGUUCGGCUAUGACAGCUCCCUGGAUUCAGACGGAUGAGCCUCUGAUAGCUGUAAGGCUCUACCACAGGCA